AUGGCGUCCGGCGAGGAGGACGGCACGGUGGACGACAAGGAAAACAACAACAAGAAGAAAACCAAAAGUGCCCUCGCGACAGCAUGGCUCACUUUCUACAACAUCGCCAUGACCGCCGGGUGGCUUGUUCUGGCGAUAGCGAUGGCACGCUUUUACAUCCAGAAAGGCUCAACCAAGGGCCUCUACAGAAGUAUAGCAAGGACACUCAAGUUUUUCCAGACCUUUGCAUUAGUAGAGGUUGGUCACUGUGCAAUUGGAAUUGUGAGGACUUCUGUGAUCGUAACUGGGGUUCAAGUGUGCUCAAGGAUUUUCAUGGUUUGGUUUAUAACCAACAGCAUCAGACAGAUCCAGAAUGAAGAGAGCGUUAUCCUUUUCUUGGUUGUGUGGACAUUGACAGAGAUUACCAGAUAUUCAUACUACACUUUCAAGCUCCUGCACCACCUGCCGUAUUUCAUCAAAUGGGCCAGAUACAACCUGUUCAUCAUCCUCUACCCGCUGGGGGUCAUCGGGGAGCUGCUCACCAUCUACGCUGCUCUGCCAGUGGUGCGCAGAACAGGAAUGUACUCCAUGAGGCUUCCCAACAAGUAUAACGUGUCCUUCGACUACUACUACUGCCUCAUCAUCGCCAUGCUGUCCUACAUCCCACUGUUUCCUCAGCUCUACUUCCACAUGCUGCGGCAGAGAAGGAGGGUGCUUCACGGGGAGGUCAUCGUGGAGAAGGACGACUAG